UCAUCAGUCAUCCAGCUUCACUAAGACCUUCAACAGUUCCAGAAUCCUUCAGCUUACAAGGAAUAUUUCCAUUAUAAACUCAACAUGAACUUCUACAAGGUCUUCAUCUUCGUUGCCCUCAUUCUGGCCAUCAGCAUGGGACAAUCUGAGGCCGGUUGGUUAAAGAAGAUUGGCAAGAAAAUUGAACGCAUUGGCCAGCACACUCGAGAUGCCACAAUCCAAGGAUUGGGAAUUGCUCAGCAAGCAGCUAAUGUGGCAGCCACAGCCAGGGGUUAAAUCGAAACUAGACAACUCAUUAUCAAACGAUUAUUUAUUACAUCAUCAUUAUUGUAAAUAAUAUUAAUGAAAAUUUGAAAAAGUAGAUUACAAAAAACAAAUUUAUACUUUAUUAAUAAAGAAGUAACAAGUACAAAUUCAAA